CCUUGAACUCCGCUUGCGUAGUGGCGCGUGGAGCUCCUUCCUCGAUCUUUCAUCAGAAUAUGAUGAAAUUUGCUCGGUGUAUGGACCAUUAUGUGAUGAAGUACAACUGAAGAAAAGAAUGAUACUGAAUGAGAAUUGACUUCUGAAGGCAGCUGGCAAAUUGUCUUUCCAACUGUUGACCUCAAGAUGUCUCACCAACUCGGAAAUGACGAUGGGUCCAGUGCACCAGGGAGUUUUCUGGACUUUCGUCCCCAUGCAGGGGAAAACGAGGAGAGACCGCCUUCUGGUGAUCCAACAGGACAAGUUAAUCAAUCCUUUGGUAAGUUUAUCAAUUCAGUUAACUUCACUCGUCAAAAAUUAAACGAUGACUUCGAAUUCCAUCAGAGGUAACAAGCUAUGAUAUGGUACUCGACAUCGGGACAGUCUUUUGUUUCAGCCUGCAGUGAUUUUAUUGAACGAGAAAAACGAUAAGCUUUAUUAUUUUUUAUUUCAAUUUCCAUUGAAAUAAAAUCUCGAAAAUAAUUUAAAAGCGAAGCGGUGCGCACAUAUCUUCUUCAUUUAGCUUUUUGCACAGAAGCUGUAAAGGUAAUAAUAAGCUUACUAAUGCAAGUAGCGUGAAAUUGGCAUUUGGUCGAUUGAAGUUUUUACACAAAACACUCUUAACAUCUGUGAGUCUGAGAUUUCCCACAGUUCAGUUCAUUACCUUGGCUUAUUUCAGAAUACCUCCUUGUUAAAAUAUAUUAAAAACGAAUUCAUGAGAUUUGAAAUUUGCCAAUGGCGAAUGGUAUGUUGAUCAGUCGGUGCAUUCUUUUGUAUCCAAUUCUCUUCGCAUCAGUGGCACAAUUAACUCAAAAACAGCAGAAACAAUCCUUUUCAUGUUGUUGUUAUGGGAACUCAAAAAGGAAAGCAUCGUUUGUAUGCAAAUUUCCCUUUGACGUACUUAUUUUAAUUGCGCUUUCGCUGGAUCGGGGGAGGAAAUAUUGUUGAUCACCAACGUUCGAUCUCUUUUCGUACAAGGUAUGAAAAUGUGGGUCUUGAAUAAUCAUAGGACGUUAAGUUACACUUUAGGAGAUAAUAUGCCUGUGUUCAAUGCUUUUGUGUUGAGAUUGAAUAAGAAAAUUGAGGGUGUUUCGUCCUUUGUGCUGAAAUUGAAAGGUGCCGUAGACUGUCACGAAAAAUCCUGUUAUACAAACAUUUUCGUUAGAAACGUUUUCAGUCUUGUCAGGGCUCUCUUUAAUUUACUCAGGUAUACUUCUUAAAGAUGCAGUCUUUACUAUAAAGUGAAAUAAUCUGCUUUGGUUUGGUUAGAAUAACUAUAAAAGGGUCACUAACUUCAUUUCGUCUCCCAAGGGACCUUAUUAAACAUCUCGAAGUCACCUGUUUGUGAUGGAAGAUUUUGAAUAUAUCGUUCUCAGAUAUGUUUCUCCUGCGAGUUGGUAGUUAAUCUGCUACCCUUAAUUAUAGCCAUCAUAUCAGUUUAUAGCAAAUUUUUAGGCUCUUUUGAGAUGAGCUAUUGUAAUGAUCAGAGAGGUAAAGCAAAGGAGAUGACAGAUUUGACUGCAGAACUGUUCUGUUUAAGAAUUCUUAGUCAGGCUCAGCUACCACAGGCAGACCAUCCGAACUGUGUUUUGUGGCGUUUUCAGUCGGGGUGUAAGUUUCAAGCGACAGUUAAUGCCACAAAAACACAGAAUAUGCCACUAAAAACAUACAGUAAUUAAUCUUCAUUCAUUUUUCUUACAUUAUAUCAACAUUUGGGAUCAAAAGGUGCAAAAUUUUGUGUUUUAUGAUCACGUAGCAUUUCUCCCGAUCACUUGAAUCAACCCGAGAGCGGGUGUCAUGAAAUAAAGUAAAAUAUUGUAUGGGAUCACAUUUCGUGCGUGACAUCACAAUACCUCAAACAGUUCAGAUGGUCUGCUACUGGGCAAAUAUCUCACAGGGGUUGAUGGUAGGACAAUUAAGAGGUCCUGUUAAGGGUUAUAUUCCAAAAAGCAACAUGGCCUUGAAACAGCGACAUAAGAAAUACUGAGUGAAAGGCCGUUGACAUGGUCUUAAGGCUAUGCGCAAAUGGGCGCAUCAACUCCCAACAAUGUUGCGUCUGUUUGCACGGGGCUAAAAGUUGGAACGGUUUCAAACUUUGCACAACAACGCACAACAACAUCCAACAACAUGCAACAGGGUGUGCAAACAGAUGCAACAUGUAACAUCCAACAAUGUUGCGUCCGUUUGCACGCAGCUUAACUUCUCAAAAUAUGACAUCAUUGACCAUAAUUGAAAUUCAGACUAGGGAUCUGUGUACCCUCCCUACAUGCAAGAGGGCCUCAUUAAACAUUGCUCAACCAUUUUAAAGAAAGCUCUUCUUUUACAGUAGUUAAACUAGAUCAAACAAAACACAGGUUACAUGAUAAUUUAUGCUUGUGAAUGAUUAAAAUAGUGUGUUGGUUACCUAUACAGUGUACUUAAUACCACAGUGUAGUUCCUAGCUAAACAUAAGAUGUUUUUUGCUGGACACACACACACAAAAAAACCAUCAGUGCUUUGAAACCAUGUGAGAUCAGGUUUUGCUUAGCAUACACAUGAGCAUGAGUACCUGUAUAAGGAGACCAUUGGGUAAUCACUGUUGAUGGCUUGCACAAAUUAAUGCCUGUUUUUGUGUUGAAAGUUCCUGAUGAAAGAAGAAGCAAACUUUUGAGAAUACCAUCUCAGGAAUCAAUGGCAUCUACUGAAACAUAUCGUAGUAAUGCUUCAAGCAUGGUCCAUGUUCAGCCACAAGGAGGUGCAACUGCUGGAGACAGUGACGAUGAAGACUAUUGGAAUGAUGAUGAGGCAUUUGAAAAAAGCAUGCCUAGUCAUCAGUUUCGCUCCAUGAGAGGUCUUCCAUCUGCAAAUGCAUUUAAGCAAGGGAUGAGGAGAACGCUGAAACAGCGGGUUCGUAAAUCACGGGGUUCUAUCAGAAGCCAUUCUUACGAUGGUGGAGCAGAUGUCUCAGAUGGUUCAAGUGUUUAUGACUAUGAAGAUGAUGUGCUGCGUGAUGUGCCAACAAACCUCACAGCAGAGGAGUUUGCAGAGCUCACAAACAGGAGAAAGUCUCUGAAAGAAAUGCCAACAUCAAUCAGGCGAAAGCGAGACAUAAGGUACAUGUAACAAAAGCUUGUAACCUGUUUUCGUCCUCAGGUGGAUGCAUUUGGAAAAGUCAUAGGUAACUCCAGCUCAUGAGUGAGAAUCGUUAAGGGUGUGUAUGGGGAUUUUAGCUGUCAUAUUAUUAGGGUUCAAAAAUAGUAAUAAAAACACAUCAGAAGUUCUUAUGUCUUCUCCUUGUUUAAAUUUUUGGUGUGCUCUUUGCAUUUUUGGCCGUUUCAGCAUGAUUCCAGCAAGUUUUAGUUCUGCCGCUGUUCUCUAAAGAAAUAAUUCCCCAUUAGGAAGGGACAAUAUUAUAAAAAUAAUACAUAGUUAUUGUUUUGGCAAGAAUUGACCCUUCUUCCAUCAGGUGUGCAGAUAACUUGAACGUCAACCCUAAGGUCAGUUUUCCAACAGCCUUGCACCCUACUUUGUGGCAAAGAGCUUUAAUUUAUUCAUGUAACUCUUCAGUGUAUGUUGUUGGUUAACAUAAAUAAUGGAAGCUGAUUUGUUAGUUACUUAAUAGUCUUUAGCUCAGCUUUUUUAAAUAUGUAACAUACUCAUUUGUGUGCAGAGAGAAUGUUGCUGAGUCAGCAGUGCAAAGAGGGCCUCACAAAAAAAUAAGUGCUUGGACACAGUUCAAGUUCUCAAUUGCUAUGGUAUGUACUGUGACUGAGAUAGUUAAUGUGACACAUUAUAACAUAAAGGGUUCUUAUUGCAGUGCUGAAUAUAUAGCAAAAUAAGGAUGGCUUCCUUCACCCUUUAAAUAGAGACCUCCCUCCCAUUUUCUUUGGAAAGGUACAAUCUAUUAUUGUACCAGCAGCACAGUCAAAAUGAUUUAUAGUUAUAGUAGUCCUUCACCAGUAGAAGUCCUUGGCCAGGGGCGGAUCUAGAGUAUUCAAAAAGGGGUGGCCGAGACUGAAUUCUAUGAAAAUAAUACAAAAUUUUAAAGGAAAGGGGGCAGCCUGGGUCCCAUCGGCCCACCCCUAAAUCUGCCCAUGUUGGCUUUGUUAGGCAUACCGGCCCUUCUAUUUAAGUGAGGCAUUUCAUAAAGUACAAUGUCUCUGCACUUUUGAUUUAAAAUUUUCUGUGUUCUUUGUUAUGCCACUUUCAAUACUUUCAUGCAUCAUAAUUAUUUUACUGUUCAUCUGACAAACCUGUAUUAUUAUCAGGGCUGGCAGCAUUUUAAGGAUGGAUCAAGAGAAAUUUUAUAUUCUUUGGAAUUGUGGAGAAGUCACCUCAAAUUAAUCCACGGUGAGUCUGCAGCUAGUCUUUGACAAAUUGCGGAAGCCUUCAUGGGUUGUAAGAUAAAUAACUUAUGGGCAUUAAUUGUUAUUUCGAAGACAGAUCUGCAGUGUUAUCCUAUUACUUCACUCUACAGUGUAUUUUUUUUAAAAAAUCUUUGACCAUUUUAUAUACUUUCUAGUAUAAUGGAUAGAUCAAAGGGUGAAGAAUUUUAUCCUGUGUAAUUUGGGCACCCCUCGGCUGAGUAUUAGUUAACAGUAUUGGCUGAUACUUAAUCGACAUGAUGGCUGACAUUUCACUCAACAUGAAGGUUGGCUAUCAGGUGAUUUGUCGGUGAACAUCAGUCAUGCAAGUGUCAGCUAACAUGUUGGCCAAUAUGUCAACUGAUAGUCGACCAAGAGUUGGCGGAAAUGACUGUCAACCAAUAAUCAGCCAUUAGUGAUGGUUGGUAUGUCAGCUGUCAUGUCGAUCUAUAGGCCACCAACAUUUGGAUGAUACUUUACUGAUACCUGGUGGACUCUUCAUCUGGAGUUAUAUUUUCUGCAUGUCAGUCCAAAUUUUUUUGAGUCCGUUGUCCAGGCAGCAAUUUUUAAGGGACUUUAUGGCAGCUUUGGCCAGUCUAAUGAGAGAGCAUGAUUGCACUGAGUGUCUUUUUUCUGCAAAAAAAUAGAUUUCUUAAGUGGUUGGCUUUGUUAUAAGUUUCUGUGAGCUACUGUUUGAUACAUGUGAGUUCUGAGUAACACAAAUCACUUUAUACAACAGUCGACUGUCAUGCCACUGACAGUCGACCAAUAUUCUGCUGACACUUGCUGUGUUAACUGGAUGUUGACUAGUCUUGUGUGACACGUGGUCGAGUGUCGGUCUACAUGUUGACCCAUUAGUUGGUCAUCAUGUCAAGUGAUAGACAACCAACAUAUACUCAGCCGAGGGGUGCCCAAAUGACAGGGGUAUAUUGCAGAACGCCGAACACUGAAUGCAGAAUGCUAAACGACUCUGAAGUUUUGUGAUUAGGGUUAGCAAAUGGAGUGAAUCAAGUUUCAGAUCAGUUUUCCCAGUUUGAAUGACCGUAAAUGGAACCUGAUUCACUCAGUUUCCUAACACUAAUCACUAUAACCUUCAGAGUCAUUUGGCAUUCUGCAUUCAGCAUUCUGCCAAAUGCUGAAUGACUCUGGAGUUUAGUGAUUAGGGUUAGGAAAUAGAGUGUAUCAAGUUUCAGGUCCAUUUUCCAAGUUUAAUGACCCUAAAUGGAACCUGAUUUACUCAGUUUCCUUAUAACCCUGAGAAUUAUCGCUAAACACAGAGUCAUUUGGCGUUCUGCAUUCGGUGUUCAGUGUUUUGCAAAAUACCCCUGCUGGUGCCCAAAUUAUAUAUGAUCCAAAAAAUUAAUAGCCACUCAGCUAUCCAUUUUAAACGAUCUGUAGUAAGAAGAAGCUGUAUAGUAGAAAAGGAUUAUAAAUAUUAGGAGAUAAUUGAAAGUAAUAUUUUUUGUCCAGUUGUUGAUGCUCAGGUUUUUAAAGUAAUAGUAAAAUCAGUGCUAAUUUCCACAUCAAUGUCAGAUCGUUUUUCCAAAUCUUUUUUUGGUGAUAAAUAUCCUCGCUUCUUCAGAGUAUCCAGCACUCCCAGCAAAGUUGACAUUUUCAGAAACUGUGGGCUUGUUUUCAUGAAAAUGCGGAUAUUUUUUCACUUUAUCCUCUUAUAUUGUGCUCUGCCAUUACAAAUUAAAACAGGCCUGCAUGCAAGAAUUAUUCAGCAAUUUUUGAGCGACCUUUUUUGGUCAGUGAGAUUUUUCCUUAGCAUUGUUUUUUGUAAUGAAAAUGAUAGUUUUGAUGAUUACAAUAUUUAAUAUGUGUUGUGAUUUCUUUCAACAGGAAUGUUUGGAUCCGGAGUUCUUUCAUAUUUUGUGUUACUUCGCUGGUUAUUUUUACUUAACAUUGUGAUACUGCUGUUGACAAUCUUUUUCCUGUUCAUACCUCAAGCCAUCCAUGACAUAAGUGUGAGUGACAACAAUGCUUCCUUUACAGGCUGGGAGUUAUUAACAGGAGAGGUAUAAAUAUUUAUAAUUUUUAUUAUUGUAUGUUCUUUGCAGUGCCUUUCACAGGAAGAGAUGAUGUAUUUUUUUAUAGAUGAUAAAAUUGUUGGUUAUUCAGUUGGAUAUGCAUGGUUUGAAAUCAUUCAACUGUGUAAAUUCACACCAUGAAGUAAUAACAAAAGUCCUCUCUUUUCCUGGAAGAUUAGGCCUUGCAGCCAUUAGCUUUUAUUGCACAGUGUAUGGUAUCAUUUUUUUCCCAGAAAACGUGAAAAUGUUCAAAGAACAGUUUCAACAUGAAUCUUGUUAAAAGGGGGUCACUUUAAUGAAUGCUAUUUUUAAUUUUAAUUUUCAGCCAAAAUAAUUUAAUUUAAUGUUACUGUGGGGUGAACCAGUAAUCAAAGGAUCUUUAUUAAAUAUACUUUGAAGAUUUUAAGCUCUUUCAGUGUCAGGAAUGACUUUUUAGACAUUUUCCUCAUUAAAUCAUGAGAGUAGAGUGGGCAGAUGGAUGGCUUAAAAAGUCACAUGCAUGACCAUCCUUCAAAAGGUUACCAAAUUUCCUUAUGGUCCACUAUUAGUAGUCACUUUAAUAAGCAUAAGAGUAACAGUUUGUGGUUGUUGUUUAAUAAACUAGGGUUGGUUUAGCAAAUCUGAGCUUUACUAUGGAGCCUACACAAAUGAAAAGAUUGGUGAUGAGGACAAUCCACAGUACAACAUGCCUUUGGCAUAUCUGCUCGUGGGUGGUGGUUAUCUUCUGCUAUGCUUAAUCAUGCUUGUAUACAGGUACAGUAUGUGGUAUAUGAAGACUAAAAAUACAGCUAAACUGAGAUGGGAUUGACCGCAACAUUAUUUUAUAGUUUAAUAUAGGGCUGGUGCAUUUAUGAUCAAUCUACCUCUAAAUUGUAUAUAUGGUCAUACAGUCAACUCUCUCCAAGAUGGACACCUUUGGGACCAGCACUAAGGGUCUGUCUUAGAGAGAUGUCUGUCUUAUAGAGAGUCAAAAAAAGGGAGUAAAGAAAGGCAGGGACAACUCUAAGUGUCCGUUUUACAGAGGUGUCCGUCUUAUAGAGAGUCAAUUAAAGGGGGUAAAGAAAGGUAGGGACCAACUCUAAGUGUCUGUUUUACAGAGGUGUCCGUCUUAUAGAGAGUCAAUUAAAGCCCGGGGGGUAAAGAAAGGUAGGGACCAACUCUAAGUGUCCGUUUUACAGAGGUGUCCGUCUUAUAGAGGUGUCCCUUAAGAGAGAGUCGACUGUAUAGUAAUUUUGGUAAUUAGUACCAGCUUGACAAUUUCCAUUUAGUUUAAUAUUGACAUGUGACAGGAGACAGACAGGUUAAAAGACAAGCAGACAGCAUGACACACUGACAUUAACUAUUAAUAUUUUAUUAUUAGAUGUUCAAGAUACUGUACGUCAUGCAUGUAACUGCAUUUUUGGUAGUUUGGGCUUUGUUUAGCAGAAUAAGAUGAAAAGUAUGAACAUCAUAGUUAAAAGAGUUAUAUAUGAAAAUUGUAUUUUCAGUAUGGCAAAUUCCUACCGAGAGAACUACAUCUAUUCAGGAGAUGAGUUCAGUUUCUUUAGUUCAAAGGUCUUUUGUUCCUGGGAUUAUGGAAUUAUGGACAAGAGUGCAGGAUUAUUAAAACACAAGAGUGUAUUCAAUGAACUGCAGGUUUGUAGUUACAUGGUACUGUAUUAAACACUUAAUGAUGAGGGAAACAGUUAAUUUUGUUUCCCUUGGCUCUGCCUUGGGAAACAUUGAGAUUCUUGGGAAGAAAAUUAACUUUUUUCCGAGGGACCAGUCUUUAAGUGAUUUGUUACAUAGCUGGAAAUCUUGUAGCUGGAAAUUCAUUAAACCUUGCUGUAAUGGUGGGCGUCAGUCAACAUUGGUGGGUAACAGUGCACUUAGCUGUUACCCUGACAUCAUAGAUUUUGCAAUAUUGCUCGCUCAGAGAUUUUGGCAGGAAAAAGUUUCAUUGUUAGCUGUCACAUGACCUCAAAGUAAACAAGUGGGAAAAAUUUUCAGCAAUAGAACGAAAGACUUGUUUGCCCAUUAAAUGUAAGUUCAAGUUGGACUCUUCAAUCAUUCCUGUUCAAGUGCUGAAAGAUGUUAUCCACUGUAUGGGUCGCCAUUUUGUAUGUGUCAGGACAUCCACUUUGUUAAACACAACAGCAUUGCUUUUCCCCAUGGAGGCCCCGGUUGUUCAAAAGAUGGAUAGCACUAUCCACCGGAUAAAUCACUAUCCAGUGGAUAAGUAGGAAAUUAACCAAUAAAAAUCCAGGGGAUUGAGAUUUAUUUGAUGGUUGGCGCUAUCCACCUUUUGAAAAACUGGGGCCUGAAAUUUAAUUGUCUCCCUAAGCAUUCAACUGUUUUUCACAAAUUGAACAAGUCGGAAUAAUCAUGAUAAGGUUUUUCAGAAAGGAAAUGCACUAUAAGGGGCAUUUUCCCUGCCGUCACCUUUGGGUUGCUUCCCCUACCUACUAUUAAAUACAAUAUAUCUAUUUGGUAAAUGUACUUUGUCUUUCUGUAGGAGGCACUUGCUGAACAGAGUUACAAUUAUGAGCGUACUCUGAGUGAGAAGUGUAACCUAUUCUGGCUUCGAUUUCUCACCAAUUUUAUUGUCAUUGCACUUAUGGCUGGAGCUGCUUAUCUCAUUCAGUUCUCUGCAAGUCUUUCACUUUCAACGGUACGUAUGAAAAGCAUCCAAAAAAUAAAUUAUAUGUAAAAUCAUGAAAAUUUUUUAUAAAGUUCAAAUUACUGUCAUACUGCAUGUUUUAUGGCUACACUGUUCAUGAAUGUAAAGUCGAUAGCCAUCUAAUUGGAGGGGUGUGUGGAAAAUGGCUCCAAAUGACUCUUGAUUUAAUGUCCAGAGCGCAAAGAUUAAGAAAGUGAGUUUUAUAGCUUACCCUUCAGGCAAGCUGUAGCUAGCAUUUACUUAAGCCCAAUAAGAAUCAUUCCAGCUGGCCUGAAAAAAAAAAAUGAAAAAAAAUAUAUUGAUCCUGACAGAUAGAAUUAAUUACAGUAAUCUUCUGCAAUUUUAAUUGCCUGCCCCCGCCCCCCAAAUUAACUGUUCCCAUUGGGCAAGUUAAGAACAGAAUUCUCUAGCCUGCUACCCAAAUUUACCAGCCCUGGGUUAUCAGCAGGGUUCGCAAUAGAUUUUUAAGUAGGAGGUGAUCACUGAUAAAGUAGGAGGCUCUUCAGCAAAGCCAGAGGUGUCAAAACAAAGCAAAGAAAAGCGAUUUAAACACAAAGUAAGCGGCUAUAAAUCCCAAAGUAAGCGGCAAUCAAUCGCUGGGUGCCGCCUUCUAUUGAGAAUUAACCCUGUAUCAGACAACACUUUCUUUGCACACUGAUGUCAAACUCUCCAUCAGUGGAGCAAAUCUCUAACGUGCUUGUGAAUGUGUGUGCGUGUGUGUGUGUGAUUUUUUCUAUCACCAGGACCAAGAUGAUGUGCUAGAAAAAUUACUCCUCCCUUUGGUGGUGUCAGGUAUUAACCUUAUUAUGCCAAUGGCCUUUCGCAUUAUUGCAAGUUUGGAAAGAUACAGAAGUCCUCGCACUACGAUUAAUGUCAAUUUGGCAAGGUAAGUGGUAAACAAGAUAUAAAAUAAGUACCAACAGAUUUUGAGCAGUUUUGGUUUUUUGAUGAGCCGUGGGUAGGAUAUUUGCCUUAUUUUUUAAUCCCACCUCAGGUUAUUUUACUGAUAUUCAGGUGCAAAGCUUAUCCCAGGGAGUAUGAAAAUUCUUUUUUCUUUUAACCCGUUAAGUCCCAAUAGUGUCUAACGUCAAUUUUCUCCUAACGAUAUCCAUACAAUGUCAAGAGAUUAGGUUAUGAGAAUUAAUAAAAUGAUCACCUAAGGGAAAAUGCUUUGAUCUUUUAUCAAAUUCUCUCAACUUAUUUAUGAAGGAAAUGUAUAGAGAUCAGUUUGGAGAAUUUGUAUGUGUAUAUUGGGGCUUAAAGGGUUAAAAAAAGUGGUUAUGCCUUGGGGUUUGGGCUUAGGGAGGUUGGCCUGCUUCUUGCCUUCCUGAUAUUCCCAUCUUGCCUCCUCCCUUGGUAUCACCCGCUUUGUCUUGCUAAAAAAAAUUGUUUCAACCAUAAUUAAGAUCAAUCCUUUAUUUCUGUUUUGUUAUUGUGUAUGAACCUCAUUUUGUUAAAAAAAAAAAAAAGCAGAAAAAGAACUUGCCAACCUCCAGUGUGAAAAGGUUAUAACGUCUUGAGAUUGUUGAAUUAAGCAUAGACUGUAAGAGGAUAAAUUUUACAGACUUGAUAUGUCAUAAUAAUAGUAAUAAUCAUAGUCAUAAUCAUAACAGGGCUUCUGAUAUUUCGCGGAAAAAAAAGCAAAUUUCACGGGAUUUCCAGGGGCAAAUUCGCGGAAAAAUCAGCCGAUUUCGCGGGAAAAAAGUCAAAAUUUGCAGAAAAAUCGGCCGAUUUCGCGGGAUUUUAGCUAAAAAAAGUCAAAUUUCCAGGGAUUUUCGGGGGCAAAUUCUUAGAAAAAUCGGCCGAUUUGACGGGAAAUUUCGGGGGGAAACUUCGCCAAGAAACAAUCAAUAAAAAACAGCCGAUUUCGCUGGAUUUUUUUUGGCGAAUUUCGCUAAAAUCACUCAAUUUUGCGUCGAUAUGACCAGCGUUGUUUAACGUUGUUUUUUUUAACAGGGAUAAUCAUUUGCUCUUUCAACAACAGUUCGCUUGAGAAAAGCUAUUAACAUUAUGGUUAGUGCCCAGUUUUUCGCAACAUUAAUCUAAGAACUCCUGGUAGUUUUGGGACGUUGUUUACUCGUUGCAGUGAUGAAGUUUCAAGAUAAAUUUGGACGUUUUGGGUGAAUAAAAGAGGUCUAAUGGCCAUGAUAAGUAUUAAAUAUGUUUUGCCGACAUGUAUUUGGAAAUAUUUCCGGCGGAUUUUGCAGUAUUUCGCGUUUUUUGGGGAAUUUCGCGGGAUUUUGCGGGUCCGUGACUGCGCGAAAUAUCAGAAGCCCUGUCAUAAUCAUAGUAAUAAUAAAAAUAUUUAGCUAUAAGAAUUGCAUAAAAACUUUUCUUAAAACAUUUUAAGAAAAAUUUAACUAUUGUUUUUCUGGUAUUAAUAUAGGACAUUCACACUGUGUUUUUUUACUUGAUAAUGACCUCUGAAAACAUCGAAACAUUGUAUAUUUGUAAACUUUUUUAAAAUGUCCUAAAAUGUUUUUAAGAAAAGUCUAAGUUAUGCAAUUUUUUAAAUAGCUAAAUGUUUUAUAAAGUCACUUCUUUUUAAUAAUAGUAAUAAAAAUAAUAAUAAUCACUUUAUAUUAUUGUCCUUACUGCAGAACCACUUUAAUGAUGUUAACAACAGUGACCAUGGUAACAGUGCUACUCUUUAUUGACAUCCAGAGAUGUCGUAGUGGCUUAAAGCUAUUGGGCUCUGGGAGGACAUGUGAUGGAGUAAGGAAUCAAAAUGAUAAUAUUUGUUUUUUCACUACUGAAUUCCAUAUUUUAUUUGAUUCUUAGCAGUGUCCUAUUUUUUUUUUGUGGCUUGCUCAGUAUUUAAUAGUGAUGUAAGUCCUAUGGUAUAUGAAGACAUGUAUACUAACAAUUUUCACAUUAAUGAUCAGUUUAUUAGGUAUUGUUUUCAUGACUGUCAUACUUAUUCUGCUAAAAGUUCUUCACUUUUCUAAUAAUUGCAAACAAAAUAUCUUUUGGUACCAAGGAUAUCAUUCAGUGCUGGGAGAAUUAUGUCGGAUUUGCAUUCUACAGACUUAUCAUUGUGGACUUUGCCUUCCUUCUGUUGUCAACUUUCUUUGGUGAAUUUGUGCGAAGGUGUGAACUUCUAUUAAUUUUGUAAUAUUUAAUUGUAUUUGAACUAACACUGUCAUACACCCUUUUCUGGACAAUAUAGGUGAGUGAAAUCCCGGUAUACAACCAUUCAAAUGAAACUUAGCCUCUUUUAAUUGACAGACCUUUUUAAUGUUCUAUUUAUUUCUAAAGAUUUUACUUAUAGCUGGAAAUUUGGACUUUUUUGGAAUUUUUUUGGCAUUAUCCACUAUAAGGAUUAGAAGGAUUAUAAUUGGAAAUAAUUAAAAUUUACCUAUCAUUAUUUGCCACUCGGUUUUAAUCUUGGCAAACUUUUUUUAUUCUGCUAUUAAUGUCUAAGAAAUACAAAAAGAAAUUUUGACUUCAAAUUAAUUUUGUGCAUUUUUUACAUUAGCUUGACUAUUAGGAGUGGAAGCUAAGGGUUGAAUGUUCAAUGUUCACCUUAACCUAUCAUUACUUUCCUUUCUCUAUUUAAGAUUGGUAAGCCUGUACUCAGAGAUUCCUUUUUUGAUAAAUAUAUAAUAAUUAAUAUCAGGAUUGCUCAUAACAGUUUGGUCUGAUUUAUUCUAGAAUUCUGGCAGUAAAUAUUCGUUGGUGCAAGGAAACAGUCGGUCCUCCUGGUUUUGAUAUUUCCAGAAAUGUUAUUGACCUGAUAUAUUCCCAGUGUCUGUGCUGGUAAGCUUUUCAGAAUAAUCCAUAUUAAUUUUUUUUUUUAUUAAUUUUUUAAUCAUAUAUGUGGUUCAGUUUGUUUGUUGUUGGUUCCCUCCUUUGCUCCAAAAGGUUUUUCUCUGGGUCUUCCGCUUUUCCCCUCUCCUCAAAAACCAACAUUUCCAAAUUCCAAUUCAGCCAGGAAUCAGGUAGACAAAGAACCACUUCUUGGAUGUGCUACCUCUAAAUCAUUAUUUGAUAGCAAAUUUGCAAAAUAAGUGAGGGAUUAUUUUAACAAACAAUUUAUUCCAGAAGAACUUCUAAACUGUUCAAUUCCCUUGACAUACCUGCCAAUUUGAAACCUAAGCAACAGCCUUCAAAAAAAUAUGGUCAUGUAACUGGAAGCUACAAAUAGCCCACUGUGAGCCAAGCGUACAUGUAAGAAGUUGUUGGGCAUGUGAUUGGAAGUGCUUAGUAAAUUGUUCAUUGAAUCAUUUACUUGUUUUGCCAAUUGUUCAGUUUGAAGAAUUUUUUAGGGAAAUAUCUAUUUUCCCAAAAAAUUUCCAUUACUUGUACUUUUAUUUUUCCUGGUCAUUUUUUACAAAUUCUGAUAAUUAAGCACAACCUGAUAUUAAAAUUUAAAAUAUGUGAAGUGUACAUAAUUCAAGAAAGUUAAUAAUGUUCAUACAAAUAGUGAUAAAAUUUAUCAACAGCAUUCAAAAUACACAUACUUAAAAUACAGCUAAUUUUGCUAGUUUUAGUGUCGGCCUCUGAGUACUGAUUUAUAUUAAUUUUCUUCUGCAGGAUUGGUACAUUCUACAGUCCUUUAUUACCACUCAUUCAAGUUAUAAAGCUGUGGAUUUUGUUUUAUGUAAAGAGGGUAUGUGCACUUUUAUAAAUUCACAUGCAGUCGAACGUCCACUGAUUUUGGUACAAAUAGUUAUGGUGAGUUCUGGGACUCAUCUUGUGAAAAUCGUAAGUCCCUGUCCAUAACCAAUGAAUCCCAGUUCAAAAAAAACCAAGGAGUCCUAAAUUGAAAAUGCUGGGGCAUUUAUGUAACCAGACAGUUAAUCUAGAGACAGAUGCCAAAACUCUUCAUUACAGUUUACUGAAAUUAAAACGUAGUCCUUCUAUAAAGCACAAUAAAGACUGAAAGAAAUAUGCAUCUUCAAGCAACAGAAAUGACAUGAACAGGAUAUUCUACCAAAAUUUUUGCGUUCUAUGGGACAUAUGCCAUGAUUUGUUUUGUGUCUUUGGGGAUUUUAUUACAUCAGGGACACAGGACACAGAGGUAACAAAAUCACUGAGCUCCAUGUGUGACCACACAUCCAAAACACCAACAUAUGGCCAGUCAAAGCCCUAUAAUCUUUCAAGCCCUAGAAUCUUUCAUAAACUACUGCCUCCCAUAAGUGACUUCGACCACUCUUUGUGCUGAUGGUUUAAUAAUUUACUUAAAUAUAGUUUUUAACCCCUUGUACGAGGCCACUUGCUACAUAGUCUGAUCACUGUGUCAUGCAUGUCACUAGAUAUGUACUAUGCCACUCACAGAAUAUAAAGAACUUUCACUGAACUACACAUACUGUAACUUAGAGGUUGCAUGGGUUCUUUUCAAAAAGUAGAUGUGUCAGGACCUCUUUUCAGACAACACCCCCUGUGGAUUGGUUCUCCACAUCCUGUAGGCAAUUACUAAAUCAGUUAUUCUUCGAUUGUAUUUUAAGUGGUCGCUUACAGGAGGUUCAACUGUAUCAUCAAAUAAUUUAUUUGAUUAUGGAUUUCAAAUGAAAGUAAAGAGAUGUUUAUUUAAUAACAAAUUGAUGCUUAGUUGACCCAGGAAGGCUAUCUAUGCUAAGUGUCACGUAAGCAUCAUGAGCAAGGACAGAGAGAUGACAAAAGUGUAGAAUAUCACAAUAUUAGAAGGGAACACAAGACUAUGGAGUGUUCAAAUGGAGUGGCUUUAUAGUGUUACCCCUGCAAGUAUUAUUAACAUACUAGGUAAUUUGGGUAUUACAGGAAAAAAAUGAGUGUCAAGACAGAGCUUGUCGUUGAAGACAGUCCAUUUUGGAUAAACCAGGAUUUAAACGGGUAGGAGGCUACCAGGACAGCUGUCACAGCCUCCCCUUUCUAACUGUGUAGUAUUAUUGGCUGUCCACGUUUACAAUGCAAAGAAUCAUUCAAUGUGCCUAUAAUUGAAAAUAAUUAAAUAAUAAAAAUGAUGAUAAAUGAUUAUAAUAAAGAUAAUGAUGAAGCCUAUACUAUACCCUGCUUUUUACAGACUAGUGUAGUCAUGAACUGCCGUCCAUCCAUGAGGCCAUUCAGGGCAUCCAAGAUGAACUUGUUGUUCCUGUUUUUACUUGCUGUGUCCUUUGUUUUAUCACUGAUUGUCAUAGGAUAUACCAUUAUGUCAGAAGAUGUGUGAGUAAUAAUAAUUAUUGUCAAUAUUGUUGACUCAGGAGUAAGGUGUGGUAGGGAGUAGGAGGCUGGGACAACGGUAGGUUUUCAAGUCAAAGACCCAUGUCUACUACAGCUUAAAAAUCUUUAAAAUUGAGGGAUAAUAAUAUGAAGAAAAGCUACCUGUCUUAGACAGAAAAGGCUGACAGUUGAGACUUGGAUGUCGAUGCAGUUUUUUAAAAGCCUUUUGAUCACUUGGUUAAAUACUUUGUAAUAAGCAACACUUGAUGCAGCUUAAAAUUGUAUGAUAGUGAUUGAGAAUUAUGCAGACCAAGGAGGGUAUACCAGCCUUUGAGAAAGCUAGCUGAAUCCACUAAAUUGUUUUCUUAAUUCCUUCCAAAUAAUUCUACUCAAAACAUGCUUACCUGGAUCUGUGUUAAGUUUCUUCAUCCUUCGUUACAUUAACUUUGCCUCUUGGUCAGCAGUUUCAGGGAAUGAAAGGGGUGUUUAUUCUGGAAAUAUUCUUUGCAAGCAUUGUGUAUCUUAAUCUGCCAUUUUCUCCAGCUCUACUCUGCUAAAACAGCUAAACAACUGUUCCCCUAUCUGUCAGUUUUACUGUUGAUUAUGAAGACAAUUAUUUUAUUUCGACUUUAUUGUUCAGCCAACAUCUUCCAAAUUUUAGGGUCAAUAGUACCUGGUUCAAAUACCAAUAAUAAAGCGAAUGAUUUGCACCAAUCAGAAAGGAACAAAUAUUUUGAGUGAAUGAUAUUAAGUAGUUAAAGACCUUGAUGACUGUGUGUUCUCAAAAAUGGGGAAAACUUGGUUCUUGUGCAGUAAAUCCCAAAAAAUAAAAAUAAAUGAUUGUGAAAAUUUAAUUCAAAGAAAAAGAAACCAGCAGUUUCAGGACUUGCAUUAAAAAAUUUUAAAAGCGCUGAUAUUUUGCCGCCAAGGUCUUGUUUAGGGUGGAUUUUCUUUUUAACUUUGUUUGUUAUGUCUUUAUAUCAUUAAAACUCAUUGCAUGUCGUAUUUGUAUAUUUUAAAGCGGUCUCUUUUAGGGGUCAAAAUUUGCUUAAGCCACGCCCAGAUUGGUCUCCUUUAGGGGUUAAAUUCGUGUUUUUAAGUACUGGUUGUGUACUGAUCAUUCUAAACUUUGCCUUUUGACAGGACCUCUCCUUCACCACUUUGUGGUCCAUUCAAGUAAGUUCCUUCUAUUAAAACUUCGUGCAUUAUUAGGUUUUGAUAGCUAUAUUAAAAAAUUAUUAAAGAACGGGCUGUAGCUUGGUUUGAAUAAUGAAGGCCCUUGGAAGGCUUUGUCCUUGUCAGUGAUAAAGAAUUUUAAUUGUUUGAGUAGUACUAUUCAAAUGUUGAGUUCAUAAUAACGGUAAUUGUUAAAAAUAUGCAUUGAUCUCAUUAAAAGGUGACAAAAUUAAUCAUGAUUGGCUGCAAUGAUUACAAGUUUCAUGUUUGAUAGGUACAUGUUAGCACAAAAUAGUCACAGUAUAGGAGGGAUACAUGUGCUUUCGAUUCACACUUGUGAAAGUUAUGAGUAGACAGCCAUUGCAUUGACUGAGAUUUGCUCAAAUUACUUGAGCUUGUUUAGGGCCUGUGUACAUGGAGGUGGGGGACCCCAGGUAGGUGAGGUAACCUGCUUAGGUGGGAUAACCCGCCUGUCCAUAUAAUCUCUCAUUUUCAUUUGAUCACGUUUACAUGAUAGGUGGGGCGACCCGCCGCAUGUUACCUGACCUAUUUGGAGUCCCCCACCUCCGUGUAAAGAUCGAGGCCCUUAAUUAGUCAAAUAAAAUUCUGAUUUACUAAUUAUUGUUUCACAUCAUCAGGUAGUAGUUAUGAAUGAACUAAGAAACUAUUAAUUUUCCAUUCUGCAGAGGAAAGCAGUUCAUGUAUCAAGUUAUUGAAGAAACAGUAGACGCAUUUCCAGACUGGUUGCAACAAGUUAUCAGUUAUGCGUCAUCGGCAAGCUUUAUCACCAUGCUGUUUUGUAUUCUCGGGUGAGUAACAGAAAGAAGAAAUGCUCAGCUCUUAAGCUAUACCCUCUACUCCUGUGGUGGAAGGUGGCAGAUGAUCAGAUUGAAUAUAAUAGUUCUUGUUAACUUGGUAUUAAAUUUUAAUGCUUUAUGUCUGGAAAGUAAAAAAAAACUGCGAUGUUAUGUUGAUAAGCCAUUUGUGAGAUUAAGAUUACCGAAAAAAUGCCCGGACUUCCAAAUAAACGCCUCUUAUCCAACGUUGUUAAAAUUUAUUGUAUUAGACCACCCUCUGUAGUAUAUGCCUCCUGCCUAAUAGACGUUCCCUAUGAGAAUUACCCCAAAAUAGUAGGAAUUAGCAAAAAGGAUAGCCUGUGUACAGCCGCCCCUCCCCUCAAAAAAAAAUCCGAUUUUUUUGAGGGGAGGGGCGGCUGUACACAGGCUACAAAAAGGACCAAAAUCAUUCAGUUCAUUCAGUGUCUUGCUUGAUUAACAAGGCUUUGCGCACUUCAUCUUGUUCAAUGCCAAGUUUAAAGUGUGGAUAGACCUAGCGAUGGCAACACGAUAACCCUGAGCGAGAAUUCUGACAUCGAUGGAGCUAGACUGCGAGCAGUCUCUAUUUUUCUUUGCAAAGUUACUGCAAGAGAAACCCAAGCAUGCUAGUGGCGAAGUUGAGAACUAGACGGAUUUUAAGAGAAAAGGCGGACUGCAAGCAGUCUAUGUUGGAGCUGAAGGAGCGAUAUGGAUCUUUGGAUAUCCCGCAUUUUUUAAUAAACUGAACUCUCUUGAUAUUUUCGCUGAAAGCAUAUUAAGUUGAGCGUGUUACAGUUAUGAAAAUAGUCGCCUCUCUCUUUUGAAUGCCUGCUAUCUUUUAAAGGCCCCGGCUUAGACUCCUAAAAUGAAAUAGACUCCUGGAUAUUUAUUAGGUCAUUUACGGUAUUGUGAUAAACUCUUUUUUAUACGCCCUUUUGAUGUAAGAAUAAAGUUAACACGGAUUUAUUCAUUCACAGAAUUGUUGUCUACUAUCAGAAGAUGCUGAAGGAUUCCAAUGAAAAGAAGAUCAAACUGUUAAAAGAACAGAUUGCAAUGGUGAGUACUCGUUAGAUAAGAACUGUUGCCAAAAUUAAUAUCACUGGCCAAAUGGGAAUUAUAAAUAACUUCCCUUGAAGAAGGCCUACUUAUUAAUGGCAACACUCUUUAAAUGGGCUGUGGCACAUAUAAUUUCGUUAUAAUGCAAAGUUAUAACUUAAGGCCUACAGAGCGUGUUUAUAAUAAGGGACCUUACUAUACGAUCCGACAAUGGCAAUGUUCAUGAAAACGUCGCUGAAAAAUAGACUUCGCAUCCUUUCUUUUUUUUCACGAUUACUCCAAGGGGUUCAGUUACUUAAAAGAAGGGAAUUUAGGAUGGAGCCAGGCCUAAGUUGGAGCUGAAGAGAAACGACUCCUCCCGGUUUUUUUUUGGACAUUUUUUUCUGUUUAGUUUUAGCUUUUAUUUGUUCAUAUUUUUUCCUUUGGCUUGUUUCCCUUUAUUCUCACUGCUGACCCCUUAACAGCUUUGCAAGAUUUUCCUGAUAAUGUAUUUCUAGUAAAUAAAUAAAUUAUUUGCAACACUUGAAACAGAGCUGUUUGUCUUUUUGCAGGCUGGUCGUGACAAGCUGUAUUUGAUUAAGAGAAUCAAGCAUGGAAUGACUUUUCCUUUGGAGCCUACUAUGGGAGAGUAACUCCAACCUAUUGUUCUGGAAAUUGCAUAGCUGCAGUAGACCGUUUCUGACUUUCAUAUUCACGCUUAUCAUGAUCAGCCCCCACACUCCACCUGAGCUUGGUCAGCUUGUGCAAACUUCAAAUUAAUCUUUGACUCCAAAAUGAGGUCUAGUGGUCCUGUCAUAAACAUAAGAAAACAAUACACUGGAUGAAAAGGGUCCAGAUGAUUGUUGUAUUUUAUGUAAGGAAAACAGGCAAUGAUAAUAAGAAAGUUCAUACUAUGUCAACAGACUCUGUUUAAGGGGUUUUAUGAAUCGAGGGCACUCAUGUAAGGAAUAUGGGAUAUUAGAUAAGUGAUGCACCUUGAUGUACAUGUAAGAGAGAGUAGGAUACAAGGAGAGAGGUUUACUCCCCCUCUCGCCAUUCUUAUAUGCAUCUUUAAUGUCCCAUGCUCCUGCUACAGAGGCUAUGCCAAAUUUGAUAUAAUCACCUGGCUUAGAUAGGUUUAUUAGUAGCUUCUUUUUAAUUUAUUGACCAUUUUUAUGUAACAUAAUUUUAUGCUGUAAGUCAAUUUAUUUUUACUUUUACUCUUAGAAUUUUGUACAUUGAAAAUUAUUGUUAAAUAGUAGCUGCAUUUUUUGACACAAUAAAGUUAAGUAAAAUGCAAAAAAUAAAAAGAAGUAAAUUAAGAACAGUAGAAGUAA